CGCUGGCAUGCUAACGUGCAGUAGUAAAAGUUUCCACAAUACUGCUCAACUUCUUAAAGAUACUUUAGCCUAUCUAAAAAUAGCGUAACGGCGCAGUUUGAAAUGUAAUGCAGAGUAAACCUCAUUGACGGCUAAUUGUAAAUAGUGUUGAUGAUUUGGCAGUAGCUUAUUUGCUUUAGUUCUGAUAUCAUUGUUGACAAGUGCACCAAGUCAAGAUAGCACGAUGAAAUCCCUGAGAAGUCUUGGCAUGCAUCCGGCCGCGUUGGCAUACUCCAUGACAACACUUGGCGCUGGGAUGAUGAACAGCAUCUUCAGUUUCUACUAUGUCAAACUUUUUCUCAACAGAUACAAAAUAUCAGAGACAGCCUUCCACCAGUCACAGGUGGUCUACAUGAUCUGGAAUGCUUUCAAUGACCCACUCUUUGGCUACCUCCAGGAUAAUUCACGAGUGCCAUGCUGUUCCCGACGGAGGCUUUCCAUCUUGUAUGGAGCUCCGUUUUACUGUCUGGCAUUCCUGCUCGCCUGGUUUCCGUGGAGAUCCUACGCGCCAGGAGACUGGCUGAGCGGACUUCACUUAAUGGUGACGCUGUGUGCGUUCGACGGCAUGCUCACCUUCGUCCUGCUUGCCCAGUGUGCUCUCUUCGCCGAAAUCUCCGGACAGCACCAAAACCGUUUACGACUCAUCAAAUACAACCAGGUGGCGUCCCUGAUUGGCUCCUCUAGCGUUCUCUUCUGCGGUCUGAUCUCCAAAAACAUGGAGAAUUUUCCUGCUUUCCAGGGUUUCAGCAUGAUGGUGGCAUUGCUCGCCUGUGGAUGUAUGCUUUACACUGGAUUCCUCAGUGAGAGCAGGUUUGAUAAUAAAGGUUCGGACGCAGAUUGCCAGGAAUCUGCUCAGCCAGCUCUCUCACUGUCUUCUGUGAUCUCCAUGACCUGGCAGAUCCUCACCAACAGAGAUUUCCAACUGUUCGUGGUCAUGAACUUCUUCCAGGUCUUCAUGGUGGCCUUCUGCAACAAUUUCACCAUGAUUUUUGCAGAACACCUCAUCCCUCCAGAUGUUUUGCCGUCGUUUGGGAAGAGCAUCAUGUAUGGGGCUGGAUUCAUCUGCCCUCAGUUGUUGGUUCUGUGCAGUCAGUCUCUUCUCCAUAAGUUUGGAUACUACAAGCUCAUCCUGAUCACCUUCUACGUGGAGGCAGGAGCCGCUGUGUUCAUGCUGCUUCUCGGUCCAAAGCACUAUCGCAUCCUGGCGCUGUUUCUAACCGGAAACAUGGUUUUGGUCCAGGCAGCUUUUAGUCUUUUUAAUUUACCGUUGGCGGACAUCGUUGACUCCGACCUUCAGAAAUAUAAACGCAGAUCUCCUCUGUCCUCCAUGGUGUUUGGGACCAAUGCCCUCUUCACUAAACCAGCACAGUCCCUGGCUCCCAUGCUGGUGGUUUCUAUACUGAACCAGUACGGUUAUGAGACCCUGAAAGAUGUGGGCAACAAUGCAGACUCAAGUGCUCUAGAGUCACUACAUAACGUGAUGUUCUACAUGGUGUGUGCGGUACCCAUGUGUGUGACUGCGCUACAAGCACUGGCCUGGAAACCCUUUUCUAUCAGAGACAGUCACACAGUAGAUUCAAAAUAUAUUGAGGACUACUCUAAGGAACAUGAAGGUUAGACAUGGGUCAAACACAAAUUGACCGACUAGCCUCCAACCAACCACCUGUGAUGGAUGACAACAACAACAACAGGGGAGAAUCAAAGAAGAAAAAGAGGAAGGAAAAGAAGGUACGGGCUACAACAUUCUCCUCCGCCUGGUUAGCACCUUAACCCGCUGCAUGGCGAGGACAAUCAAAAGUUCUGAAGCAGGAUCAAAGUAUCAUCCGGACUCUAGACUUCCAUCUGCUACUGAACAAAUGGAAGCAGGAUGGAAUAGAAAAGAAU